AUGUACGAAGCCGGAAAGAUACACAAUACCAUCAAAGAAAUGAGACGGCUAAGCAUAAGUAUUUUGGGUAUUAGUGAAAUGAGAUGGCCUAACAGUGGACAAUCAGUAGUUGAUGAUCAUACUAUAUAUUAUAUAGGUGAUGAUGGGACGAGGAAUAGAAAUGGAGUAGCAGUUAUCCUUAGUAAAGGAGCUGCGCCAGCAUUCACAAAUACUGUUUUGCUGUCUGAUAGAGUAAUGAUGGUACAAAUGAAAACUGACAAAGUGGAUCUGAUCAUUGUGCAAGUGUAUGCUCUGACUUACGACCACGAUGAAGAGGAAAUGGAAAAUUUCUAUCACCAAAUUGAGGAAUUAUUGAAACUGACGAAGAGCAACCAAAUGACAGUAAUUAUGGGCGACAUAAACGCUAAAAUCGGCAGAGGAAAAGAAGAUCCAAACUUUGGGGAGUUCGGACUAGUUAUCAGGAACGAUAGAGGUGAUAGAUUCAAAAGAUUUUGUAAUGAGAAUAACCUAAUCAUUGCAAAUACAUUCUUCGAUUUACCUGAGAGAAGAUUGUAUACCUGGACUUCUCCUGCUCAUACCCAGGAUAAAAUAGUUAGAAAUCAAAUAGACUAUAUCUGUAAAAAUAUGAGGUUCAGGAACUCAAUGACAUCAGUAAAAACUUAUCCUGGGGCCGACGUACCAUCAGAUCACAACCUGUUAGUCGGAAAAAUGAAAGUAAGGCUCAAAAAAGUUAAUAUUAGACCAGAAAAAACAAAAAUAGACCAUGAUAAAGUAAACAAUGCACUAUUCCGAGAAACAAUCCAGAACGAACUGAAUGAAAAAAUGAGACAUGUGAGAUGA